AUGGCCCUAUCACGAGAGCAGAUCCAUCUCGGAUCUCUGGACCUCCCUUCUCCAAUUCGCCAACUCUGCUUCUUCUCUACGGGCUGUCUCGCAGGCUUCGCCAGUUUACCUAUGGCAUUCAUACCCAACGUCCCUUCUAUUUCAGCAGCCACUCCUCCUGUACUUCGUGCUGGCAUUCGAUUUUGGACCUUUGAUCAAACCCGUCACAUACUGGCCCCCUUCCAUUUGCCAGUAUGGCUGACAGGUGGACUAGGCGGUGCAGCAGGCGGCUUUAACGAAGUUCUCAUGCACUCGCUGGUCCAGUCAAGAAAAUUGCCUGCUGCCACUGCUCUUGGUGCCCAAACUCUGCGACUCUUCUUUUGCUUCGGUACAUAUACUUUCUUGAGCACUACCUUCAGCGACACUCUGCCGCCAAAGCCAUUCUGGAAAUGCUGGUUGAUGGGUGCCACUGCUGGUGCUACUGGAAGUGCCAUUGUAGCUGCCUUGGAAGGUGCGAGAGGCAAAGCUCUGUGGGGCCAUGCAGUCCCCAGAGGUGCCGCAACCAUUGGCACUGUCAUCGCCGUACAUGUGUCUUCAUGCGCCAAACUGCUCGACACUGUUGAUGCCGGAGAUUGA